AUGAACACUGGCUAUGAGCUCGCUUGCGCCAUGUGGGCCAUGACGGCCCUCUCCCUCUCUCUCGUGGCCCUCAGGCUCUACACCCGAAUCGUGGUUGUCAAGUUCGUCGGCGCCGAGGACUACAUGUAUGCCUGCACAGGGGUCUUCUUGUUGUGUUUCACAAUUGGUAUCCAGAUGUCUGUUCGCCAUGGUCUAGGACAGGACUUUUGGAAAUUAUCCUUGGACGACUCGUCACAGGCCAUCUUCUGGUCCUAUGUUGCCAAUAGCUUUGCUAUCAUUGGCAAUGCCAUGGCAAAGCUUUCGAUGGGUCUCUUUCUGCUCCGGGUUGUCCAGGUUACUUGGCACAAGGUCGCGCUUUGGAUGGCAGUCAUCAUCACGACCGCCACUUCGAUCGCUCUCACCGUCAUGCUCUGGAAUCAGACAACACCGGUCAAAGCAAGUUGGGAUGUUCUCAGGACGCCCGGGAUCUGGCGGGUCAAUAUCCAGCCGACUAGUGUGGGCUUAGGAGUCUGGUCCAGCAUAUGCGACUUCUUCUUCGCGAUAUUUCCUUGGCUCUUCAUAUGGUCCUUGCGCAUGUCCCGUAGGGAAAAGAUCAUGCUCGCGGGUGGCAUGAGCGUUGGAGUUGUUGCUGGUGCUUGCGGUAUCACAAGAACGGUUGUCUUAUCUCGCCUGAAUGUUUUCAACUAUACGCUCAACUUUGUGCCGUAUUUUGCUUGGGCUGCGGCCGAGAUUGCCGUGGCUAUGGUGUGCAUCGGCGUGCCAACAUUGAGACCGCUGUAUCUCAAGACACGCGGUUUGACGAUAGGUAGUGGCUACGGCCGCCACCAGAGUCGUGCAAGCAGCACAUUGCCUCAGUUUGAGAUUGUCGAGAAGGAACCGAAGCACAAGCGGAUCGUGAGCGGCAGUAUCAGCAGUCCGGUUCUGUUGUCGACCACCAAUCUUGCCACAAACUUCAUGGCGCCCAUCCACUCUAAUAUCCAGCCAAACAAGAUUGGAUCGCCACCGCGUCUCUCUGAGUCAUCCAUUGCGCCAAGUUGGCCGGCGCCUACGAGGCUCUCGAGCUCUCCGAGAGCCAGCAUUGACCACGUACAGUCGAGAAUCUCAGACGAGUCCAGAGACCACGUCGUUAUUGCAAGGGAGCACCCUCAGACACCAUCAUCAGCAUAUGGCCAGUGGGUGCUGCCAAGGUUGCCUCCAAGGAGUGACAGUCUACGCAGCCACGUGGCGCGGCCGCCCACGGCCAGUAGCCUCCAAAGCGCCGGUGAGGGCGUCAUUUGGGUUCGCAAUGAGGUAGUAGUCGAGAAAGAUAUGGCGCCGGAGUGGCCUUUGAGGUAA